CAACUCCCUAAUGUCCGAACACACGUACUAGCAAAAAAUAAAUAAAAAUAGCAGUACUAAAUCACUUUUUUUAAAUUUUUUAUUUUUCACCCCAUUUCUUCUUGCUUCUCAUUGCUAUUCCUUUUCCCAAAGUAAAGUGAAAAGCCUCAUCUCACUAAUCCCCCAAAACACUAACACACCUUUUGAUUAAAGGAAACAAAAGUUAAUAGUAGAAACCAAAAAAUGGGUUUUGCUUAAAGAAAGUUUUCAUCUUUUUCUUAUUAGCAACUAAUUCCAUGGAUCUGCAGCUCAAAACCCUCAACAUUUUCUACUAAAGUAACGAGCUUUAUCCUUCUACCCUUGCUUAGAUAUAAGGUAUAAAAAAAGGGUUGAAUAAAUAUGAUUCAGUUGUUGUUUAUGGUUCUUUGUUUGGAGGGUAUGGUGGCAUUUCUUCUAAUGGUGAAGAUUGGGCCACUGAGGGAACUGGUAAUGAAGUGUUUGGAUCAGGUGAAAAUGAGAAAGGGUACUGUUUUAACCAUUGCUGGUACUAUAUCAGCUAUCUUGUUUUCCAACUUUAUUAGUAUUAUCAAGAUUCAGAACAAGGGGGCAAAGAUUGGUACAAUGACACCAAUGGAUCAAGUUUUGUGGAGAACCAACUUGCUAGAGGCUACACUCAUGGGGUUUUCUCUGUUUCUUGGAUUCUUAAUUGACCGUAUGCACCAUUACCUUCGGAAGCUGAUUGUAUUGCGGAGUAGUGCGGGAUGUUCAAAGAAAGAAUUUGAAAGGCUUGAGAAAGAAAAGCUGCAGCUUAAGGAGAAAGCAGAUAAAGCUGCUGAGGAAGUAAAAUCGUCGCAGAAAGAAAUCGCUAGUUUAACGGAGGCGUUGAAGAAGGUUAAGCUGGAGUCGGAUGAGAAAGACAAACGUGUUGAAACUGCGGAAGCUCACGUUGCUGCUCUCCAAAAACAAGCAGCAGAUCUACUUUUAGAAUAUGACCGUCUAUUGGAGGACAAUCAAAAUCUUCAGAAUCAAGCUCAUGGUUAUCGGAGUUAGACAAAAUACACAGAAUUAGUUGCUUCAAAUUUUGAUAACUGGCUGUGUUGAUCUGCCGGCAUGUCUCGACCCUUCUUUUAGCUGAAGGGAUUUUGGGAAUUGUUGUUUAAUCGUUGAGAAUCUUUUUCUAUCCUUUUUUUCAGAUAUUCACUCACAUUGUUAAAUUUCAGUAUGUAAGGGGUUGUUUGAAUGGAUGGGUUGAGAUACCUGAUGGUAUUAGUUAUCUGAUCA